AUGUCUUUCCUCACUCGCAUUGCCCCGGCUGCUCGUACAGCUUCGCUGUCUCUGCGACCCACCACCACUCCAGCUCUCUCCGUGGGCGCCACCCGCUCGAUCUCCGCCAGUGCUCGCCGGGAAAAGGGCCCCGUUGAUGCCACCAAGGACACUCUGAAGAAGGCCGACCGGAAAGUCUCGGAUGCUGCCGUGAAAGGCAUCGAGGUUGGUGAAACCGCCGCCGAGAAACUCAAGGACACUGUGGGCAGAACCUCCACCGAUGCCAAGGCCAAGUCUCAGGAACUGUCCGGGGAUGCAUCAGAAGUGGCCGGCAAGAGCAAGGGCAAGGCUGAAGAGGCACUAGGCUCGGCGAAGGGCAAGGCCGAGGAAGUGGCUGGCGAGGCCAAGGGCAAGGCCAAGCAGGCUGCUGGACGAUUCUAG